UUAGGGGUUGGCCGCAGGGGCCUCUUCAAAUCCUAAGGAAGACCUCUGAUAUUUCCCCUUCCGCCCUCGCUCCUUGCACCGCGUGGGAGUUUCAGUGUCUCGGAUCGGGACGAAAUGGUGAAGUUUCUGAAGCCUAACAAGGUGGUCGUGCUCUUGCAGGGCCGCUACGCCGGUCGCAAGGCCGUCAUUGUUAAGAACUUCGACGAUGGCACCAAGGAGCGCCCCUACGGCCAUGCCAUCAUCUGCGGCAUCGCCAAAUAUCCUCGCAAGGUGAUCAAGAAAGCUUCACAGAAGACCAUUGCCAAGCGUUCAAGGCUGAAAGCUUUCACGAAAGUUGUGAACUACAACCACAUUAUGCCCACCAGGUAUUCGUUGGACGUGGAUUUGAAGAGCACUUUGACCGCGGACAAGUUGGAAUCUACUGCUGGCCGUGUUGAGGCUAGAAAGGGGGCGAAAGCAGUGUUGGAAGAGAGGUUUAAGACUGGCAAGAAUAGGUGGUUCUUCUCCAAGCUUAGGUUUUGAGAGUUUUCACCGUCUUUCAGACGAUGAUUUGUCUCCGGAGUUGUUGAUGAAAAUGAAGUAAUCACGGGAACAUGUUUCGCAAAGCUUGACAUAUUACAUCCGAAAGUCCUCAGCGCACCUCAGUAGGGGCAGAAAAAAGAAACUUGCAUCAACAGGGUUGAAAACUUUUCUCCCGGCAGGAGUAGUGAUGACCAAGUAUAUCUUCCGCAGUUCAGGCUGGCUGUGGCAAAGCCACCGCUGUCUAAGUUCCACUUUUUGCAUGUCCUUGCAGUCUUUCCUUCAAGCAAUGCAAAUCAGUAGGUCAAUGUCCUGAAAUGUUUGAAUCUUAUGUAAAUAGUCAUCGAUUGUUCUUAUGGCACAUCUGCUGAUUCAAAAGUAAUGAAUACUUCAUCUUAGGUA